AUGGCGGAAACAAUACCCAUCAUCGAACUCGACGGCCGAACAGGCGAAGGAGGUGGCCAGCUUGUGCGCAUAGCCUGCGCGCUGGCGGCAGUCGCAUCCCAACCAAUUCGCAUCACCAACGUAAGAGGCAAUCGUGAAUCUCGCGGUGGCCUCAAAUCUCAACACGUCACCGCCAUCCAGUACCUCGCCGAGGCGACGGGGGCCGACGUCUCCGGGCUAUCCGCCGGCAGCCACACGCUCGAGUUCCACCCGCAACUGCGCCCCUCCGAGCUCGCGAGCCGCAGCAUCAAGAUCGCCGCCGACUCGCCGGCGGCGUCCACGAUGCUGAUCUUCCAAGCCGUGUUCCCCUUCCUGCUCCUAGCAGGCAACAGCAAGGGCGAGGCGGUCCGGCUGGAGAUCUCGGGCGGGACCAACGUGUCCUUCUCGCUGUCGUUCGAGUACCUGGACCAGGUGCUGCUGCCGACGCUGCAGGAGGCCUUCGGCGUGCGCGUCGAGCGCCGCCUGCUGCGCCGCGGCUGGAGCCUGGGCAAGCAGCAGCGCGGCGCCGUCGAGUUCCGCUUCACCCCGCUCCGGCCGGGCGAGCCGCUCCGGCUGCGGAAGGAGGGGACCGUGUACGGCGGCGAAAAUGCGCUCUUGGGGGACGUGGACGAGGUCGAGGAGAUCGACGUCUCGAUGAUCGUCCCCGAGCAGAUGCAGGAGUCGUUGGAGGGCGCGCUCGAACAGAACUUGCAGGAUCUGUUCCCGAAUGCGAAGGUUGAGUUCAAGCUCACAGAGGACAGCGGCGCUGAUUCACGGAUAUACGUCCUGUUGGUCGCUAAGGCUAAAGGGGGGAAGGUGCGCUGGGGGAGGGAUUCGCUUCAGUCGAUGCCUAAGAAGCCUAGAGGCAAGGGGAAGGGUGGCUUGCCGACCCCCAGCGCGCUGAGCGAGAGCAUCGCCGGAAAUCUGUCUAGGAAGCUAUACAGCGAGGUGGUAGUCGGUGGGGCGGUCGACGAAUUCUUGCAGGAUCAGCUGGUCAUCUUCCAGGCUUUGGCCGAAGGCCGGACAUCCUUUCCUCGAAGUGACGCUAAGGACGGCCUCGAGCAGGGGAUGACAAAGCUAGCCAUGGACGGGAAGAUGUCUAAGCGGGCUGUGGACAAGCCAUUCGGCGAGGGGAGCACCCACACAUCCACCGCCCGGUGGGUGGCAUCGAAGUUGCUACCGGAUGUUGCAUGGUACGGCGAUGGUAGAGUCUGCGAGGGUGUCGGGAUACACAUGGAGAAGUAG